AUGUCAUCAUUAUACGUGAAGACGCCAUUGUUGCGGCGGGCAUUUGGUAAACCAAACAUUCAAAUUUCCAAGGUCCCUCAGUUUUUGGUCAAGUAUGAGUUCUUUCAACCAAGUGGUAGUUUUAAAAGCAGAGGGAUUGGAAACCUUAUUUACAACAAAGUAUCUGAAAUCCGAAGAGAUCCUGCCAAGCAGCCGCAUGUAUUUUCUAGUUCUGGUGGCAAUGCAGGGUUAGCAGCAGCCACAGCUUCUCAAAGAAUGGGUAUUCCAUGUACUGUAGUGGUGCCUACAUCGACAAGACAAAGGAUUAUAGAGAAAAUAAUGGCCACAGGGGCUACUAUUAUUUGCAGAGGUGAUUAUUUUGCCGAAGCAGAUUCUUACCUAAAAGAUUUGAUGCAAGAGGCUGCGAACAAAAAUACUAGGGAUAAGAAAAAUGUCCCUAUAUAUGUACAUCCUUUCAAUCAUCCUCUUAUUUGGCAUGGCCACUCGUAUAUCGUCGAAGAAAUUUUGGAGUCAUUGAGAAACGAGAACAUUCCAUAUAGUAGAGUAAAGGGGAUUGUUUGCAGCGUUGGCGGUGGUGGUCUAUACAAUGGAAUUAUCGAGGGCCUCGAAAGGCAUUCACUAGCAAACACAAUCCCCAUAAUUGGGGUUGAAACUGAAGGCUGCGAAGUUUUACACAAAUCUUUAAUUGCAGGGAAACUAAUUACUUUUAAGAAGGCUUUGAGUGUUGCUACAUCUCUAAGUGUCCCAACAAUAACGAAAGAAACUCUAAGGUAUGCACAGAAAUACAAAACUAAAUCAUUAGUCCUUGGUGAGGGUGAAGUGCUAGAUACUUGCUUAAGGUUUACUGAUGAAAGCAACAUAGUUACUGAACCUGCAUGCGGUGCAACAUUGCAUCUGGGUUAUCAUCCGGCAAUUCUUCAUAAAGAAUUAGGUCCUCUAAGUUCAGAAGAUAUUGUUAUCUUAAUUGCGUGCGGUGGGUCCGCGACUACAUUGGCUGAUUUAAGAGAACUAAAGCUAAAGUACAAUCCAGUUACACUGGAUGAUUCACCUGUUGAGAUUCCAGGGCUAAUAACGGAGCAGGUUUUGACUGCCUAA